AUGAAGCACCCUAUUGAGAAUGGUAAGUGUCUGUGCUUCCUGUGCUUCCUGUGCUUCCUGUUCUUCUUGUGUCCAGCUACUAACUCUCCAUGGCAGUCGAAUCUAAACAUCUACUCCUUUUCUGAGGACACCUUGAAAAAACUACGCAAAUUUCGCUUUAGCAGUGCUCGUGCCAGCACAAUGCAAGCGAUGGUGUUUUACAUCGACGACUCAUACGAUAUCAAGCCGGAGGACUUGGAUGCAAUUACCUCCAUCGACCAGUUGGUUGAGGAACUACCUGAGAACAAACCAAGGUUCGUCGUUUUGUCUUAUCCUCUAACACUCAAAGAUGGCAGAAAGUCAUCGCCUUUGGUCUUGGUUUACUACUUGCCUCCUACGUCUUCUCAAAAAUCCAGAAUGACCUAUGCUGCUGCUAUUGAAUUGUUCAGAGACAAGGCUGGUGUAUCCAAGUUGAUUGAGGUUAACGAGGAAGAGGAUUUUGAGGACAUUGAGGAAAAGUUGGUUUGAAAAGUGAUUGCCAGUCAUAGAUUAAAGUUUAACGAUGAGAAAGUGGAAAAAGAACAACUAGAAAAAUGAGAAAAAUAAGAUAAAUAAAUGGGGUAAGAUAGAUAACAUAGAUAUAUAGAUAUAUAAAUGAUAAUAAUUUAGUAUAAUUCAGUAUUAUUCAGUAUUAUUCAGUACUAUUUAGUAUAAUUUAGUAUAAUUUUUCUAUUAAUAUUUAAAAUUUAAUAUUUAAUAAUCAUCUAUCUUCCUCUUCAAU